GAAAAAGGUCCACGUUAAAAAAGAUGCAGGCUACGGAGUACUCCGUAAGUAAACUGCUUGAUCCUACUCCGCACAAAGCCAUCAAUGAUGCACCAUGCGGAGACGGCUGUGGCCCGGUUGUUCACUGCGAAGCGAGGUGUAGAACUCUGGCAAACCCGGCAUACCCAACUCUCCGGACAUCGCAUCAAAGGGUAAAACAUCGAUAUCAGAUGAGAAGGGAAAAAGACCCGAAAUAUAUAAACACCGCGAAUUGUGAACAGGACACAGUGGUCCUCACUUGCUUCACGACUCGCUUCAUGACUCGCUCGACAAACACUAUUGCUUAAACAGGCUAUGUAUGAUUUCGUCUGACAACGCAUUGGCAGCUCGGCGCAUCUAGCAUUCAGUCGGUGGAAUUUGCGAAUUGCCAGGCCUUCGGUGAGUUGAGCAGAGGAUGUUGCCAGACGGGCUUUGCGCAGUUGAAGGCCAGGCCACGUGAUGAUCGUGUCACCGCCCACGGCAAACCCGCACAGUUCAGCUUCCACGCCAGAUUCAUUUCCCUCGGACUAGCUUAAAACGACAUAUCCCUACUCCGUAGUCCUCGGAGGUACAGCUCGCUUGCUGCUUGAAGGUUGCAGAAAAGACAACGGACGACGCAGCAACCUUUGUCCCUUCUCCCCCCAGCUAUCUACGGAUGGAAGUUGUGUCCUUUGAAAAUAGUCGAUUGUUUAACUUAUGGAACUGUCUUGGUCUCCCAACGUGGAGAUAUUGUGCCUUCACUUUCGUUGGGACUUUGCUGCUUUUGAUAUUGAUGGAAUUCAGCUUCGCCGCGGGGAAUGAUCACUUCCAACGAAAGUUUGAGGGGUUGCUGGAGCCAGGAUACCGACGUGACAUCGACAAAGCAUAUCCUGCCAUUCUUUUCUGGUAUGGGACUGAUUUGUCUACGCGUCAGUUCAUGUUUCUUGAUGAUUUAUCAGACUCAGGAAUGAUUUAUCCCUGAAAAUGAGCUCAAUAGCAUGCUGUGCUGCGGUAACUUUUCUUGGCCUCAUUGCUCAGACGCAUAGAUAUUGAAGAGAAAGUUGAGAUUUUUGUUUCGAAAAUG